GUGAUCCACGGAUGGCCCGGAUCUGUUUGGGAGUAUUACAAGUCUAUACCACUGCUGAUUGAACCGACCAAUGAUGUGGCCUUUGAAGUGAUCUGUCCGUCAAUUCCUGGCUAUGGUUUCUCUGAAGCCCCGCAUCAGCCCGGUUUUGAUAUAACCCAAACGGCCCGCAUAUUUGUCAAACUGAUGGAGCGAUUAAAUCACCGGACAUUCUUCGUCCACGGGGGUGAUUGGGGGGCAGCUGUGUCUCAAUCAAUGGCCAAAAUAUACCCACAAAAUGUCCGUGGAGUACACAUAUCGAUGUCGUCAACAAUGAAUUUCAAGGGAAUGGGCUUGGUGAAGUUCUUGGUGGGAAUGUACGCCCCGGGACUAGUGUUUGACAAUCCCGACGCCGAUUACGCCAAACACUUUCCCUUUUUGGACAAGUUUUCCUGGUUGUUGCGAGAG